AUUAUACUCAGAUUCGUUAUUACGACUCUUUACUACGACACUGGGGCCUAACGUCGUUUCCAGGCACAGAAUCUCGUAUCCUCGUUAAAUUGUCUUCUGCAUCCACUUGGUAUUCAGCUUGUCACUUGCUGCCAACAAUUCCUUACAUCCGACUCCUUUGUGCAAGGCCAGCUGCCAACUUCUUCCACUCGUCGUCCUGUUGCACAUACAUUUUGCUCCGUCUCAUCUUGCUCUAUCUUGUUUAUUUUACUGUCCGAAAAUAAAUUUUCUCGAGUCCAAUCGGUACCACGAGACAAAAUGACAAGCUGCAUUGGUGGUUUCCGCGCCUUUACGGCAAGAUUGCAAAAACUCAUCGGCGUCAAGUCCUCUAAGCCGGUUUCUGAGAAACCGGCGCUGCAGAUUUCGGCACCGUUCAACUUCAAGCACGAGACGCUUUCGUUGCCGGGUGUGUCGGAAGAUGAGAUCGCCAUACUGAAGGAGCAAGCAGCCGCAUCCCGCUUUGGAGCCGCCGACUCGUCGUCUUUCGGCACUCCGCGCAAGGCCCCGGCUCCGCCUUCGUCGCUACGUCCUGUUACGCCUGUGCUGAAGGUGACGCCAAGCACCCCUAUCUCACCUAUCGAAAACCUCAUUUAAAACCAGCUAGGAGAUUUCUUUAGGUCAUUUUUAGAAAUAGGAGGAACAGAUGUCAAGUUUGGCUAUAGCUUUUAUUAUUCGUCCCGUGGCGGAGAGUAUUGUACGGCUCUGCACCACGCGCGGAUCUCUUAAGCUUCCUCGACACUUCACAUAAUAGGCGGUCACCCGACGAACGAAUUCACGAACACGGAACACGGCAAUAGUACAAGGGGCUUGGCGUGUAGGAUACCAAGUGUGCUGCAUUAGACUUUGCUUUUUAUU